GUUUUGCUGUGAACACUGCUCUUCCUUAUUCUUGCUUCAUCGGUCUCGUACAAUGCCUGUACAUGGAUGACGAUGACUUGACCCAGGAUAUUAUUGAUCAAUUCGACCUCAUUUGCACACAACAUCAGCUGGACAACAGUCGCACAGCAUCGCGCGUACCAAAUGGGACCUUUUCGGAUAACUUCAAAGUCCAGCCAGGGACUGGUCUCGAAAGGACUAAGUCUUUGGACACACAUAUUACGAAUCCUAUUGCUAUCCCUCGAUCCUUACAUGGGGUCACCAAAGAUGAUGCGGCUUGCCCUGAAUUUGUGGAACGGAGAGAGUAUGAUAAUGUUCAAAAGGAGGUGGUCCGGUUAAGGGAGGAGCUUUACAUGAAGCUUGGAGAGCUUGCGACUAUCAAAGAGUCGGCAAAUCGCGUAAACGCCACCAAAUCAGAUGCUAUAGUGCGAUUGGAACACAGUCUAAACACCGAGCGGGAAGAGUUUCAGCGUAGGCUGAACGAACUGAAUACGCAAAUUGCUUUCAGAGAAGCUGAUUAUCGUCUGGUGACCACAGAGUUAGUUCGUUUAAAAGAAAAGCUUUCAGCCACCAAGGUCACCCAAGAUCGAGCGGCGGAUUUCUCACCAUCAUCGCAGCUACUCGUUUCCGCUGCCGCUUCUCCUUACUUAGACAAGGCAGCACAACUCCCCAUUUCACAACACCGGCAACCAUCUCCCAUCCGUCACCUUCCAGUUUCAAUCCCUCCUGUCCCUAGCAAACGAAGCGCCCGUUAUGCGGACGGCACAUGGAGUGUGCCCACAGCAGUCAGAUCUGUUCCAUCUGUGUCAAGCGCGGCACCCCUUAAUGGUCACCGGGCGCCUGAGCACCUCGCUCAGCCUUCUGGAAGAUUGUUCGAAGACACUGAAAUGCACGAAACACCUAGAAAGCGUAGAAGAUCAGCGAACAGUUACGUAGAGGGUGCACCUUCCGACGGCCAUGCGAUAUCACGAGGUCUUAACCCUUCUGUGGAUGCUGCCGUAGAAACGGAAGACUUUCUUUCUACUCCUGCGGCUGAACACACACGCAAACUGUGCUAUCGCAUAUCGACCAGGAGUACGAAUUCAUGCUACCCUCAUUGGCUUCAUGAGUCACUCACCUUUCCUGCCCAUUCAACUCCGUUCGAUUUGGCUUCUGACUUAAUCCGUCUGGGCUUAACUGACGUGAGCACCACAACCGCUGUCUGUGAAAAUGAUAAUCUCUCUUCUAACAUGGAAUCUGCCAGACCGGGAUUUGAGCUCCAAAAGUGCACAACACCACUAUCCGAAUCCUCACAUUCGACAUGGAAUUCAGCUUAUAAGCACCUUUUAGGAGUGGAGAUGUUAAUGAAGCCGGACGAUGAGUGGACUCGCCCCGCUCUCAACAAAAGCAGUCCCCAGGAUUCCUUGUCAAGAGUGCUUCGUUACACUCGUACUCUGAUGGCAAGCUUGGAUAAUCUCAUUCCUCACAUGGAAGAAAUUUUCAAGUUUGUACCAACAAUUUUGGAUCCUUCUGCGCGCUUUCGCCUUAGUUCGAUUGACGCGCUUCCCCUCCAUCGUGACGAUGAGGUACCACCAAGUGCUUCUACCUCGUACCCGAUCCGCGGCUGUGAGGAAGAAGUUAUUUCGUCUUUCACUGAAGACCCGUUUGCUGGUGCUCCUGCAUCCCAAAUCGUAGCUCCAUUUCCACGCACCACAUCUCACAAAGCCCACCCCGGUCCACGUGGUCUGACCGGUAUUGCGUCGACUGCGCCAGCCGAAGUUCACCUUUCCAUUGCUGUUCCAGUGAGCACUGUACCCCGUUUUUCCACUGAUUCUGAACUGCAUUUACCACCUCAGGAUUUGUCGAUUGUACGACGAGGCCUGUUGUGCUUGAAACAGCUUCAAUGCAUCACUCUUGCUUUGCAAAAUUGGCAACUGCUUGCCUCUUUCUACGUCCGUCGCGAUCAGACGGAAACUGAUGGUUCGGUCAAUGUCGAUGAAAGCGAAUUCUCAACAUCCUAUCGUCGUAUUGGCGCAUUGUUGGCCAGCUUCAUCAAGGAGCUUACGAAACAACAUAUAGCUCGUUGGCUUUUGAUCAAAAAAUCGACAAAUGCCACCUCCUCCCAGCAGUAUACGCCUUACUGCGAACUACCCUCAACAGCGUCCACGUAUCCGCUACCCAGAAGCCACUACACUCCCGCCUCUACCAUGGACAAGCUCUGUCAACUUUCCCAAAUAGAUACGAAGCAGAUCUUGCUUUUGCAAAGAUUUUCCUCCUGCGUUCUCGACCUGGCUGCUUUGGUCGCUUCCUGCACUCAGCGAGCAGCGUCGAUCUGUCCAAUAAACACGACAUCACAUUCUCCCAUAUUCCAUUUGUCUUUGGUGUUCUGUCUCAUUUUGACAUCCACGGGGAUGAAGCUUCCGCAUGUCACCCACACUGUUGACGGGUUCAAUUCGUUCCAUUCCACUCCACUUGUCGGAUACACACCGGUGUAUUCCGCCUCUCUGCUGGCCUUGGUCCGGUUGCUACGCUGCAUGGUUUCUUCGGCCCAUUGGAAUGUGGGACAUGAGACUGGUGCCUGGUGGGCUGCACAUCUUACCGAGUCUGAUGGGGAUCCGGGCCCUGAUCAUCUGCUGGAUUGCUUGCGCUCUAUUCUUGGAUCCAAGAUGAAUUGUCGUCUUUUGGCUGUCGUCAGUUGGAUCCGGAGCGCCGCUGAUCAAAUCACAUCUCUUUCUGUAUCGCAUGAAUCUAACGAAACAAAUUCGAGCGAUCCGUUUGGUUUGAGUCAUGGAGAGAAACGGAAUGUUCAGAUGAUAGAACUUCUUGACGAAUUCAGUGCGUUCGUUGCGUCUCUGGCUAUUCGCGAUGAUGUCACUUGGCCGGAUUCCUGCCCUUGUAAAGCUGAAGUCUAUGCCGCUCUGGUGAAUAUGGCUACGAUCCCCUUGGAGACACUACUCACUAUUCCAUCAACUUUGAAUCUGGAAUCUGAUCCGUACUCCUCAAGGGAAACACGUCACCUACGGUACAUUGAAUCGCGCUGCGUCGCGGCCCUCGGCCAGUUAACACGUGCCCUCAUCGCGCUACUGUGGCGCCAUGGUGACACCUGCUUUCAAACGCAUACGGACAGUUUGCCUUCCUAUUUUUGGCUCAUUUCUAGUCUCUCCGGUUGGAUGAGGCAGUCUAGAGUUCUGCUACAAACAGACUCCCAGGCGACUCCAUCCGUCACCAUCAGAUUGCGCGAGACCACUUUGCUUCCCGAAUUGGUCGAAGAAUUGCACGACUUUGACAGCGGUACCGAGACUAACACCAAACCCACUUGAGUCCGUUCUUUGCCUCCCCAGUGUGAUAUUCCUCCUCCAUUUUGAACUAGUUGGCGUCGUGUAAAUAGAUGUUUUUACUUGUUUUGCAAGCAUUUGCCGAGAUUUCCAGCCCUCAUAUUUUCAAUUGUUGGCUUUUGUUUAGUGCUCCACUCUUGGUUCAUCGCCUUGUUUCUCAGCUAUAAGUUACGUUUUGUACAGACUCAUUUUCCCUGACCUCUUGUACAUCGUGCUCACAGACGUGUUGCACUGUGGAAUACCUGUAUUUUUUAUAGCUUAAGCACGUGCUUUGUUCUGCGAAAACUCUUCUAUAUC